GAGUGUGCAAUCCUUAAACAGUCUAUCAAUAGAAUUAAGAAGGUUAUAAUAGAAAACAAUGCUCAUUUAACAGAAGAACAAUUAAAUCAACUUAUCUGGAAUUUUUUACGAGAUUCUGCAGAUGAGACAGGCUUAGAACAGGAUUGACAAAGAAAGAUCAAAACAUAUAAGUGUAUGUGUGCAAUAUUGUAAAUAAAUGAAAUGCAACAACUUUGCUACUGUAAUACAUUAGGUUGGUUAAAUAUUAAAAUGCGUUAUCUCAUUGAUGAUAGAAAACACUGACAAGAUAAGAUUCAUGUUUGAAAAAUGAGGUCCUCUUACUUCCAUAUUGAAGGAUCUAACAUUGAUUUGAAUUAUAAAAUUAGAAUCAAGCUAGAUGUUUUAUUCCCGUAGACAUGGGGGAUUUCAGCUUCUAGCAGGUGAAGUCUCAUGCUGAGUUCUAGACGAGAUUUUUUUUUCGUCUUCUAACACAUGGAUGCUAUUUGAAAAAUGAUCGUGUGUGGGAUACUUACAAUCUGAUAACGAUCUGGGAGCACAUGUUGUUGGGGAGAAAUUCGAAUUUUUUUCGCCUUGUACCACGCUCUCGCUCGCACGUGCCUGGAACAGAGAGAGAAACGUAUGCUAUAUAAACAGAAGUGAUGAGAGGAAAAUUAUCAUUCACAUCAGAGACAGAUUCGAGUAUACUUCACACAUCGUACGAGAUGAGUUCUCCAUCGUUCAUCUUACCAGAUAGCCCACCCCCGCAGCAUGUGCUCAACUAUUGGCAGCGCAAAGCUGCCGAGUCGUGUGCCGCCUCUUCUGCUGCUGCUGCCGCUGCCACCUCCGCUGCCUCCCCCACCUCCUCCUCCGCCUCACCCCUGAAGAGACGGGGAAUCUUCGUACAACGAGAGAGGGGUGAGGAGAUCAUCAUCGGGGACAGUCCUCUCCCUCAAUCAACACCGACUACCUGGGCACCGCGGCGUGCAGUGCUGACAACCCUAUCAAACAGCAUCAGGCAGAAGCAGGCGAAGAGGAAAUUAACGUUCGAGGAGCCUGAGGUUAGCGGGGAAGAGGAGGAGGAGGUGCUCACUCAAUCAAAGAAACGUGUGCCGGAAGAGAACUCAUCCAUGCUACCACUGAUGGAGGAGGUGUGACGAAGGGAGGAGGAGGAAGCGGAGAACGAGAUGGACGUGGAGACGGAGGACUUGCUCGCCAUUAUAAAUAGU